AAGCACACGAAUGCGCACGAAGAUCCUGCAGCAAAAUGGGGAAGAAGGGGAGACUUGUGCAUCUGAUGAUAAUUUUGUGUGCCCCUAUGAUUAGUGCAGUUCUUAUUGAAGGUAUCUUUGGAAGUGCUGUUCUUGUAGGUGGCUAUUUGGCGCCUAAAAUUUAUUGUCAUUUCGCUGAAUGCUGUCACAACAAGUGGAUUAAACCCAACAUAACGGGUUUACAGUCAGCUCUUCGGAGGCGCGUUUUCGGUCAACACUUGGUCACCGAGACCGUUUUAAAGGCUCUUGUUGGACAUUUGAACAACAAGUCGCCUAAUAAAGCGUUGGCGAUUUCCUUCAACGGCUGGACAGGAUCAGGAAAGAACUUUGUGAGCAAAAUCAUUGCUGAACAUAUCUUCAAGAAGGGAUUGGAGAGUAAUUAUGUUCAUCUGAUCAUAGCUACCCAUGAAUUCCCUCAUCAGUCCGAAGUAGACUAUUACAAGCGACAGCUGCGCAAUCGAGUGGUAAGUUCUGUGUCAAAGUGUCCCAGAUCGCUGUUUAUCUUCGAUGAAAUGGACAAAAUGCCGAUAGGCCUCAUAGAUGUGCUUAAACCCUACUUAGAUCACUACCCUCCUGAUGUAGGCAAGAUCGAUUACCGUCAAAGUAUCUUCAUAUUCCUUAGCAAUACGGGGGGUCAUCUUAUCAACAAGGCUGUUUUAAAACACUGGAAAGACGGAAAGAAUCGAGAAGAUAUUAAAAUUCUAGAGAUGGACAAAGUUAUCAAUCUCGGUGAAUUUAAUAACAAGGGUGGAUUUUGGCAUUCCUCUCUAAUUGAAAAAAAUCUCAUAGAUUACUUUAUUCCAUUUAUGCCGAUGGAGAGAUCUCACAUUAAAAUGUGUGCUGCAGCCGAUUUAGAGAAGAAAGGAUACCCAGUCACAGAUUCCAUUCUAAACAGAGUAGCAGAUGAAUUGUUAUACUUCCCAGAAGACCAGAAGGUCUUUUCUGAGUCUGGUUGUAAGAAAAUUUCAAGCAAAGUUGACUAUGUGAUGGGGUGAGGAAUUUUGAAAACUUUGCAAUUGGGACAUAAUAGGAAACUAGUCAGGCUGACAUAAUGUGUUGACAAGGUAUAGAAACUGGUUUUUGAGGAAAUAGCAAGAGCUAGUGACAUAGACUUAUGGCAGUGACUUUCCAGUUAGUGUGAGUUAGCCUUUGAAACUUAGUGUUAGAAAUGGAUGGGGUGGGGUAAGUUAAGCAGAGAAUGAAAAUGGAGGAGUUGGAAGUAUUUUUUAGAUACAAGGAAGAUAAUUAUCUGAUUGAGAGCAUAGAUAUCUGAGAGAGAACAAGAGAAUGAAGCCUUAGUGUAAUAAUUUGAUUUACUGCCCUCAUUCUAAUAAGCAUCUCCUCUCAAUAAGUACCCCCUCUAUUUUGUUUUUGUUAAUAAGUGCCCCUAUUCAAUAGGCACUCUUAUUCCAAUAAGUGCCCCCUAUACCAAUGAGUGCCCCUCUUCUGUUUCAGUAAUAUCACCACAGAGGAUAUGUACCCAUGGAGAUCAACCAUGGGUCAUCUUUCCUUUAAUUGCUCAUGUAGAGCCUCAUUUCAAAAACAGUGGCCUUUAUCUCAGUAUCUCAACCAUUAUGUUCACCUGAGUGCACAGUUCCUUUAAGCAAAUGAUCUUGUCUUAAAAUUUUGUGAUGAUUGCUUGGCUGGUGUUAUAGCCAAGAAGGAUCCAUGGACAACACUUCCAUUUUCCAUUUGUAAUGAUUCUUUUCAAGUAACCAUCAAAGCUUUUUUUUACACAUUUUGCUAUUUCUAAAAAGGGAAAUGAACAUCCUGUUUUGAAUAAGCACCCUCUCUUGGGGAACCAAAAGUAAAUAAGUGCCUUGAGUGCUAAAUCAAAUAUUUACUGUAGUUUAGUUUGGAGAGUAAUAAUGAAGAGAAAUUUAGAACUUAAGCAAGUAAGGAAAUCAGUCAUGUCAAUCUUACUCUCACUUAGAUCAACAAGGGUGAAUACUGAUACUUAAAAUGUCAGCUUUCCUUGAGUUACUGUAGCAGCUGAUUGCCUUAACUUUUUUAAUUUUGAGAUUAUUUUGUGCUUAAUAUCUCCAAAUCCCAAAUCAGGCUCUCUUGAACCAAGUUGUUUCUGAUCCAAAUGAAAGUUCUACUUAAAGCAAUGAUUAAAAAGCAGUGAAAGAGACAUUCUUGCCUAGCUUUUCACCUGUAUUUCAGAAUUGCAUAUUUUAAUUUGCCAUAUUCUGUGAAUCAACAGUAAGAAAUGACAGGAUGAACCGCAAAUCUAAGAAUGGGAACCAACCCUGUUUAAAACAUUUUAGCUCAGGAAGCUUUAUUAAAGAAGCUUUUUUGGAUGGGGGCUGUCUAUUGAGAGCCUGAGUAGGGAGUGCAUAGUACUGUAUAGCAAUUAAUUUCUGUGACUGGGUUGAUGGCUAGGAAACAGAACCUAAUUCAACUUCCUUUAAUCUAAUUUUCCAUAAAACAUGUUGGGUAUAAGAACAUAGAAAAAAAACCUUUUAAGCCACACUUUCCAAUCGCUCUAUAUUUUUCAGAAGGUUCUUCAAUGAACAUGAAGGACCUAUCUUCAUAUCAAUAAAAGAUCUUAACCAGCACUUAUUUAAAGACAAAUAUUUCUGGACUUUUGUAAAAUUUAUGA